AUGAGCGAUGGAGCAACACGGAGGCAAGGAAGGAAGGAACACGAGAGAGGAAACACGGAGGAGCAACAGGAAGGAAGGAACACUGAGAGAGAAGACGGAAGGAAGGACACACACAAGGAGACGAAGGAGGAACAAAGGAACAUGGAGAAGGAGGAGAAGCACACGGAGGAAAGAAGAACAACACGGAGGAAGAAGGAGAGGAGAACACGGAGGGAGAAGGACACGAAGAACACGAGAAGAGGAGAUGGAGUGGAUGGAAGAACAAAGGGAGAAGAACAGGCAUGGAUGGACCAACGUGGAGGAUGGCAUGACCAAAACGAGGAGAACACGGAAGGAAUGGAGAGGAUGGAAGGAACACGGACGAGGAAGAAAGGAAUGGAAAUAAUGGAGGGAGAAGAGAAUGGAUGGAAUAAUGGAGAAAAGAAGAGUGUAUGGAACAAAAAUAGGAAUGGAAGUAAUGGAGGAACAAUGGAGUGGAAAGACUUGAAGGAACAAGGAUGGAGAAGAAGUGGAAGGAACAUGGAGAGAAGAGGAAGUGGAAAGAGAAGAGAGUGA